CAUAAAAAAUAAAUUUCAGGAUUCGGCCUUCGCCCUUACCACCUCGGCCCUGAUGCGCUCAUUAUAAUCUCGUAUCCUGGAGAACUCUUCAUGAGAUUGUUGAAGUUAAUGAUCCUGCCUCUAAUCAUCGCCAGUCUGAUUGCUGGAUCAGCAAGCCUCAACGCCAAGAUGAGCGGAAAGAUCGCUAUACGGACACUUCUGUACUUUAUACUUACUUCCAUGUUCAAUGCAUUCCUUGGAAUAUUGCUAGCUAUGAUGGUACAUCCUGGACAGCCAGAGUUAAGAGAUGAUCACCAUGCUUUAGUUGAAAAUAAAAGAGACCACAAGAUAUUGGAUAGCAUACUUGAUAUUGGAAGGAAUAUAUUUCCAGAUAAUAUCGUCCAGGCUGCAUUCCAACAAGCCCAUACAGUGUACACUGAACCGCCAACGUUGUUUGCCAGGAAUUUCUCUGAAAAUGAUACUCUGCCUAACUUGGUAAGAGUUGUAUCCUAUAGAUCUGGUACUAACACUCUUGGCUUAGUAUUUUUCUGCCUAGUUUUUGGAAGUCUUCUGGGCACCCUUGGGCCUAAAGGACAGGUGGUGAUAGACUUCUUCCAGGCAAUAUUCGAGGUGAUAAUGAAGAUGGUGACGGGUGUGAUGUGGUUUACACCAUUCGGAGUUAGCAGUGUUAUAGCUGGCAAGAUUCUUGGUGUUAGCAAUGUUGCUACAGUAAUGUCGCAACUGGCAUGGUUUAUAGCUACAGUCGCCGUCGGUGUGUUUUUCUAUCAACUGAUCGUGAUGCAGCUUAUAUAUUUUGCAUUUCUCAAGAAGAAUCCGUAUAAGUUCUAUUUGGGGCUCACACAAGCCAUGUUGACUGCGUCUGCCACUGCUUCUACAGCCGCAGCCCUUCCAGUGACCUUCAGAAGUAUGGAAGGUCCUCUCCGGAUCGACCCACGCAUCACUCGAUUUGUUCUUCCAAUAGGUUGCAACAUCAAUAUGGAUGGCACAGCCUUGUUUCUGUCUGUAGCCAGUAUUUUUGUAUGCCAGAUGAAUAGUAUACACUUGGGCUUUGCACAACUAGCAACAAUAUUCUUAACAUCGACAGCGGCGUCAGUAUCAUCAGCAUCUGUGCCGUCAGCCGCUAUGGUGUUACUACUUGUAGUGUUGGCAGCUGUAGAUGCUCCCACACAUGAUGUAUCUCUGUUAUUUGCUGUCGAUUGGCUAGUAGACCGAAUACGUACAACGAACAAUAUGUUGGGCGAUUGCUAUGCAGCUGCCGUUGUCGAGCAUCUCUCUAAAAACGAGUUGAUGGCUUGCGAUGCUGUUUCAGCUGACCCAGCUGUCAAUUGCUUGACUCCAACACCUAACAAAGAGGUAGACAUCGGUGUGGUGAAGCAGACUAUAUGUGAUGAGGUCAUCAUCGAUAUGCACCAGAACCAUUGUAACUCUAAUAGGAUUUAGUUUUAAACAAUUAGUACAUUAAGAGCAGUAUUCAUAUUACGCGAAGGUUCCGGUGUGAGGGUCUUAGCAGAUUGAUCGAGUGACUGUAAAAGAAACACGAGUCCGGCAACUUGUCCAUUGUUGCCCGUCCUAAAAUAAUUUUAUACAAUUUUUAUUUUUUAUUUUGCUACACUACAUAACGAUGUGUAAUAAAGGUGGGUCCUGACCGAGAGCAUGGUCGUGUAAUGGAACAAAUAUGUUACAAGUGAACAAAUAGAAAAAAAGAAUAAACAAUAAUGUAAUGUAACAAGUAUAUUACAAUACAAUGUCAAUGAUCUUUACAGGGUAAGGAUACAAAACACCUUAGUCAUGGUGAAUGGUAUUCCAUGAGGAGCACCAUAAGCUAUUGUAUUCUAUGAAACCUUUGGCGUUGUUCUUGUUUAUAGCCAAUAAUUAUCACUUCUGUCACAGUGUAAGAAGUUUCUUUAUACUGUGCUUCUAUCAAGUAAGUGUCUUUAGUUCGCAAUUCCAAUAUUGCAAAUAUUACGACUUAUUUUAUUCUAAUGUUCAUUUAUAAACUGACAAAGUAUAAACUAACUUUUGCACUCAACUUCGUACAUGUGGACUUUGGAAAUAGAUUACCACUCCUAGAUGGUGUAUCGUGAUACAAAUUACACCAGAAAUAUAAUCAUGAAAACUAUAUUCAAUUUAAUGCAGUUGUAUUUGCAUGAUAGUGGAACAAACAUACAAACACAGACAGACCAACAAAUAUUCUAAAAAUUUUUGUAUUGGCUUCAAUUGAGGAGAGGGAGAAUUUGUACAAAAGUCGAUUGCUUGGGUACCUCUGUCCCAUUCGUGUUUCAACCGUGAAGCAGUUGUGUUUGCAUGGCUGUGUUUCGGUUUGAAGGAUGAGAUAUGGCGCGAAUUUACAGGGUACAGAGAAAUAACACCUGAGUAUUGUGAGUACACCUAACACCUGAGGAAUGGCAACGCAUGGGGGGUAUCAUGGGCGAAACAGUAUACUCUGUUAUGUCCAUGGUACUGCUCAUGUCUAUAGGCGACGGUUACCACUUUUCAUCAGGUGGACCGUCAGCUUGUUUUCCAUUCUAAGUUGUAUAAAAAAAAAUGUUCUUAUUAAGAUAACUGCUUAUAAUUUUCUUUAAAUAGUUCCUAUGUAAAGAUAUUGUUUAUUUACAAUUUAUACCAGUAAGAUGCUCUUGGUCAGUUUGUUUAAUAUGUUUCCUAAUAGAUUUGUCUUUGUAGAUAAUUCUUUGUUCACCACUUGACAGUUAAUAGGUGGAAUGACGAUUAUGAUGUAAUUCUGUGCAGGUACCUGAGUGAAACCGGCGAUAGCUAGUUAUCGCCGGUUACAACUUAUAGCUAUUAGCAGCUAUAACGUUAUAUCCAUGUAUUGCUCAAUGUAUUGAAAAAAGUAAUUCUGCGACUUUAUAAGUUUUAUUGACUAUUUAAUAUACAAAUUUGCGGAAUUUGACCGUUCAACCGUUUAUCCUUUUUUACCACCUUUUAUUAUUAAUAUUAAAACGAGUACCUAGUAAUGAAAGUUUUAAAAAUGUCAAUUUACUCAUUAAAAAAAAAGUAGACAAAUAACUAAGUAUAAUACAUAGUUAUUUCUCUAAAUAAAAAUAAUAAAAGUUCUAAAAUUGAAUUAUCAAUAGUAAUGUUGUGAAUAAAUACAUUUUAAUAGAAUCGAGCUGUACCUUAGUUUAUAUUAUACCUUCUGCAUAGUGAUAAGUUAAUUAACAAUAACACGGAACAGUAGUGCUGUCCACUGAGCGAGUAAUCACUACGUAAUAAUGAUAGUUAUACCAAAGGUGACUUAGUUAUUAUAAAGGCACUUAAUUUUAAGGAGAGCCAUAAUCAUUUACGUAAAGUUAUUGCUUUAAUAUACAUAUGUGGGUAGUUUUAAAAAUUACAUUUUGAUAAUAUUGUGAUAUAUUCAUCCCUACUACUGAAAUAAAUAACUUUUUUUUUUCAAAUUGAAUUAACAAAAAUGUAGAGAAAAAAAUAAAUAUACACAGUAUAGAUAUUAUUACAAUAUUUGUACUCUUUCAUAAUUUGUCACAAUAAAUAUCUGACAAUACAUUUUGUUCUUUGCAUUGUUAAGUAAAAAAAAUUACUGUAUUAUAUAUAUUGUACAGGAUUUUAUUAUCAAAUCAUUAUAUUGUUAUGUAAAUGAGUAUUAACAGCUUUAAAUUUUGCCACUUUCCCGUUAUUAUCGAUAUUAUAUGAUUAUUUUUAUUUAUCAAUUCAUUCUCAUCUACAGAUAGCGUAAGGAAUUAGUAGCAAAAUUUUGAAAAAAUGGCGAGCACAAAUCGUCAUGCUUUCCGUAAUCUUUUGUAUUGUCGCAGGCUUUUCUGCCUGAAAAAAGCCUCUCUUUCCAUAAUAAUAAUACUGAUUGGCUAUCUAAUUAAAAAAUAUAAGAUUUUACUUCCCAAAUUCUGCUUAUUACCUAAAAAUAAUGUUUAAUAUUGAUUCCGGAUUAGCUGAAGAUAUCUCGUAACAGAUACACAGAAAAGCAGGUGAAUUAAAAAACUUCCCCUUUUACGAUUGCUAACAAAAACAUUAAAUGCAUUUACAGGUCGCGCGUGUUGCAAGCGUUCUUAGGUUACAGUAACUGCUUACCAUCAGGCGGGCUGUAUGCCUGACUGCAAAGUUUAAUUGGAUAGAUACAGUCAUUAUUAUUAUCAGUAUCUACUAGUUUAUCACGUGAUUUAUUUGUCAAGUUUAAAUAUAAAGUCCAUAUUUGUGAAUAAAAGUACAUACCUACGUAUCUGUACGACACCUGUCUCCUAUUAGAGUAGGCAGGAACAAUAGAACGUCAAAUGGUUCGAUUCAAAUGAAAUGAAUAAAAAUAUAGGUACUUCUUCAAUCCUUAUCCAGAUUAUUAUUUGGUAUCGGCGUAAUAUGUUUUUCUUUUCCGUUCUUCUCUAUUCGCAAUCAUUUCCACAUUCACUCCCAUUUUGGCCAUAUUAUCUUUCACACGUUCCAAUCCAAAUUUUUCAAAAUGUAUAUAUAAUAAAGAAACGUGAUUCGACCUGUUAUAAUUUGUAUGAACUCUACCCACAUGACUGUUAUUAAACGAGUAAAAUUUUCAGGAUUUUAUGUAUAAAUACUAUAUUAUUUGUGUAUACAUAUAUAUAUGUAGAAAAUACCGGAUCAUAGGUGCUAUAUUACUUCAAAAUAACUACAGAAAGUAUCGCGUAAAUGACUUCAAGGUUUUUGUUUUCUUAAAUUUUAAUAUCACAUUAAAAGCCUUAUUAGAACAUAAAAUAUUUGACACUAAUAAUCACUGUCCGAACGAUUUGCUUGUGUAAAAAUAUCAGUGGUUCUUCUUCUGGUUAUAAUUUGUACCUAAAAGCCCUUAUUCGUAAAAACUUUAAACACUUCAUAAACCUAUUUUAGAUAUUUCUUUAUAGGUGAUAAUGAAAUAGUAACCCCACCCGCACUAUCGGUAUACAACGGCGGGGCACCAGUGAAGGAUGAUAGGUGAGGAUGAAGCAGGUCAGUUAGCCCAUCGUGACGAAUUCAACGAGAAUUGUUCACGAUGGUUUCCAGGGGGAACCACGUGGAAGUUGACCUGAUAGGCCUGAUAUUGCUAGCAAUGGGGCUGUCAAAUUCCAUUGCUAAAUAUCCCUUUCCCACCCUACUUUAACUAUUGGUGUUUUAGCUUUUUCUCUUAUGCUAAAUUCUGGGUUUCAAAAAAAAAAGUACAAAAUAAUGUAAUAGUUAAAAUAAUUUCUUUUUUUUUUAAUUUGCAAUAGUAAUGGUCAAUCUUCCAGUGUUGGCAGUCACACACAUACUAACGGUAGCGGAAUUAAACAAAAUAAUUCUAAAACCAGAGGGAGACUAUACAAAAGUCGUUUGCUUGGGCACCUCUGUCCCUAUCGUGUUUCUACCGUGAAGCAGUUGUGUUUGCAUGGCUGUGUUUCGGUUUGAAGGGUGGGAUAUGGCGUGAAUUUACUGGGUACAGAGGAAUAACACCUGAGUCCUCAGGAAUGGCAACGCAUGGGGGGUAUCAUGGGCGAAACAGUAUACUCUGUUAUGUCCAUGGUACUGCUCAUGUCUAUAGGCGACGGUUACCACUUUCCAUCAGGUGGGCUGUCAGCUUGUUUGCCAUUCUAAGUUGCAUGAAAAAAACAAUUGUUUAAAUAGAUUUGUAGCAGGUUUUAGUUUUUAUGAAUAAGGAGGUAAGUUCUUUGUGAUUAUGUUUUUAUAAAUUCCAAUAUUUAUUAAUAUAUUGUGUAUAUUAUCAAUUUGUAUAUUUUACAAUAUUUUAACAAAAAAAUAAUGCCUGUAUAUAGUUUUACAAUAUUUUACAUAAAAUUAAUGCCUGUAUAUAGUUAAUAGACAAUAAUCUAUUAUAUAAACUUAUCUUAUAGUUUUUGGUUCGACCAAUAAAACUUACUUUGUGUCGAUUCUAAAGCAAUAUUUUCUAAAGCUUCUAUUCCUGAAUCUAAAAUUUUAAUUUGAUAGCUUAACUAAACUACUUUGUUAUGGAUUUGUCAUUUACUAAAUCUAAAGUAAUUCUGGUUCAAUUAUUAGCCAGUUGUAAAUUCACCAACUAAAUAAGGGAUUCAUAAAAACAAACAUCUCUUACAAUCCUAUUUUAGCUAUAGAAGUAUUUUGUUGCUUUCUUUUAAGUUAAAAGUUUUUCACAAAAGAGAAAGACAAAACAUUUCAAUAGCUAAAAUAGGUCUAUGAGAGUUUGACGUGUUUAUGAAUAAGUAAUUAAGUUUAUAUUAGUCUUUAGAGUAAUAGUUUACUGCAAUAUCUGUUUUAGAGAUGAGUAUUAUCUAUAUAUCCGAUAUAUAUAUAUAUAUAUAUUAAGUUCUUCUGGAUAUUGAUGUCCACCCAUUGCGAUAUCGCCUGCAUCAGUUAAAUAUCUACAUCAUCGACAGGGAGUUCCUGUUCUCCUCAUGUCCUACAGCCUCAGUGGUCACGUACUGCGCGGUUUCAGAGACGUUUUCUCUCAUGAACACUCAGGUUGUGGAAUGAGCUCCCUGCCGAGGUUUUCCCAAGAGACUACAGCAUGGGGUUCUUCAAAAUUGCGUUCGCGCACGUAAUACCUCUGGUAAUGCAGGUGUUCGUAGGCUACGGUAACCACUUACCAUUAGGUGGGCCGUGUGCUUGUUUGCCACCUCAGUGGUAUAAAAAAAAUCUAUAUUCGUUACGAACGGGUUCUUCAAUUCGAUAUUAUAUAUUGUAUAAACAAUAUCUUAUAUAUCUGUUAUUGAGCCAGUAUAUGUUUAGUUACUGUAGCUGCGAUAUAUAGAUACGAGUAUUGAUAGAUAAUACCCAGCCUUAAUCUCUUUUAGUCUUAGAGCAUGUUGCUUUUGAAUCGACACCAUUGUUAUUUUGUAUAAACUUCUUUUGGAUUUAGUUUCAAAAUUAUUAAUUUACAAGCACUGAAGUAGUAGGUAUUAUUGUGCUUACACGACUUAAUAUUGUUAAUUAAGUGAGGUACUAAAUAUUAACCCCUUAUAUUAUAAAAAAAAAAACACUAAAUAAAUUCUCUGUCUAAUUAAUGUAUAAAUCCUUUUAUCUAAUUCAAUAUUAUUGUAUCAAUUUAUCAUUAUUAACCAAAUGGCAUAUUUUUAACGUUACAAAACAUGCCUACACUUAUAUAUAUAUAUGUAUAAUUUUAUAAAUUGUAUGAUUAUUUUCAUUAUUAUUCAUUUUAUAUAUUCGAUGAAAUGUAUGAGACUUCAUCCAGCUGUUGUAUGGACAUAUAGGUACUUAGUAUGAUCUAAUUAAGUGUUCACUAAUAAAUAUAAGAACGAUGUUAACUACACACCUUUGAUAAUUCAAGUAUAAAUGUAGUUUUUAGCUUUAAGCAAAUAGUAAUUAUAAGCAUUUGUGAUUGAAUUACGAUGUUUUGAUGACAUUUUAAAGAGAAAAAAAAAAUGUUCCAGUUAGCAAUUAUUGUUGAGAAUAUACUAACACCAAUACAAAAUGA